AUGUUUAGAAAUAUUGUUCAUUUAACAUUACAAUCAUUGUCUAUGAGUCACUUAUUAUUAUUAUUCAAUUAUAUUCCAAUGAUUCAAUAUCUCGAUGUCACAGUGGAACAAUUUAGUAAUAGUACAAAUUUAAAUUUUUUUUCCAUAUCAUCAUCAAUGGUACUUUAUUUAAUAAAUUUAAAAUUAAAUUUAAUAUCACGAAAUAUUUCAUUUACAUUUAUUCAAUCUUUUUUAAAAAAAUUUUCAAAAAUUCAACAAUUUUCAUUUGUAGGUUGUGAUAUUGACUAUAUAGAUGGUCUAAAAUGGGAAAAUGUUUUAUCAUCAUUAUUAUAUUUAAAAAUAUUUUAUUUAAGAAUUGAAAUAUUAGAAGUACCAUUGACUAUUGAUAUUAAUGAAAUAUAUUCAAAAUUUUCUACAAAUUAUUGGUUUAAACAUCAAUGGUUCAUUAUUUGUGAUUAUUCUUCUAAUAAUGAAUUUGAAUUAUGUCUCUAUACUAUACCCUAUUCAAAUUCUAUCUAUUAUACUACACCAAGUACAUUAAAAACAAUUUCAACAACAAAUAAUUCAUUAUUAAUGACAAAAGCCUAUGAUAAGAUUAAUAAAUUAAUCAUAUUUGAUGAUAUUAAUUUAAUUCAUCGAAAAUAUUCAAAUAUUGAAUAUUUAACAUUAUAUACGAAAAAUUAUAAUGUAUUUUUAUCAGAUUUAAUUGAUCUAUCAAAAUUAAAACAUUCAGAUAUUUAUGAUAAUGUUAAUUGUCAAACAUUUUUAGAAAUAUUAAAUCGAACAUCCAAUAUUUCGUCACUUGAAUUUGGUUAUGAUCAUAGUCUAUUAUCAAUAACACAUCAUGUACAAAGUGUUUCAAUAUUAAAUAAAAAAAAAAUAAAAAAAUUAGAAUGUUGA